AUGCACUUUUCCAGUGCAAAUGGGUCUAGGAAAUGGCAACCCAGGGAGGUCUUUUUCGAAUCAGUUCGUCGAAAAGGGGGGUUGGAAUUCUGUCGUUCUAAAAGUGAGCUGCCGUGAAGUGCGAAACAAAAGUGCAAGAGCAAAGAUGGUUUCGUUAUAGAAGUUGUUGGUGCUCCAGAACCUAUGGCCUUUCUUGCCACUGACCGGCAAUUGAAAGACAUCGAGUUGUACUGUGCCCAACUGGGCUCAUUUCCCAUUCUUGACGUGGACGCUACGUUUAAUCUGGGAGACUUCAGUGUAACUCCAAUGACAUAUAGACCGCUUAAGAUCUACAACGUGAGAACUGGUAAGCAUCCUGUUUUCCUUGGACCCUUGCUUGUUCAUCAAAGUAAAACUGAACAG